GAGAGAGAGGAAGUGGUAGUAAGAUCACUUUAGUGAUUUAGACCAGGAAGUCUUAAGUCUCGUCAUCAUCAGGAAGUCGUUCUUAAUAAAGCAGAAGAGGCACAGACGACUGGACGGUGUUAAAUAGUGAUAUUUCUGUAUUUUAUUUCUAUUUUAACUUAUUUUAAUAUAAACUAGCACUACUGACGGAGGAUCUUCACUGAGGUCAGAAUGCUGUUCUUCAUUGUGAUUGGCUGGAUUCUUCUCUCUGUUACUGGUGAUCCCUGCUACAACUACACCACUCUGAACCAGCCCUGGAGAUCCAUUACUGUAACUAGAUUGGGGAUCUGUGACAACGACUUCAGCUGGAACGGCUGGUACCGACUGCUGCAUAAUGGGAUGACCAUUCGGAUGCCAGAGAUCUGCGUAAAUCCUUACAAGUGUGGAACUAAUAUCACCUUUUGGCUCAGUGGUCCUCACCCUGAGAUAUCAGACGGAAUUAUCACUCGUCAGGCGAUAUGGGGCUGCUGUGAAUACUCUGUUUCAAUUCAUGUUAAAGCGUGUCCAGGAAAUUACUACGUUUACGAGUUCAUCAAUCCAAACGCCUGCACUGCAGCUUAUUGUUCAGGUACUCAGAUUCACUCUAAAAGCCUUAAGUAGUGUUUUUAAAUGAAUAUUAAUGCUUAAUUAUUUUACAUUAAUUUUAUUGUAAAUGUCCUUUAUUCAGAUGUGAAUUCAGAUGUGCCUAAAAAGCAGUGGGAGUCCUUUAAAGUAGUACUAGUACUAGUACUGCUACUAAUACUGCUACUCCUACUGCUGCUACCUGUGCCACAUCAUAAUUACUAUUACUACAACUAUAGCUGUUACUAGAACUGCUAUUCCAGCUAGAAAAUGUGCAAACUAAAUCAUCUAAAAUGAUUAUUAAUAUUUUUACCAUGACAUUUUUAUAGAAAGCCAGCU